AGGAGGCGUGGUGUUUGGCGUGGAUAUAAUCUUUGAUACUCGCACUACUUACUCUAUCAAUAGGCUUUUAGAAGAAUGGAAUUGGUAUCAAGAUGGACGGGAAAGAUUCAAAGACUACUGACAUCGUUGUUAUUGUAUUUAUUUGCAAGACAAGAGUUUGGAGACUAGAAAAUGUGCUAACGCCAUUCCUAGCCCAGCUCCCCCUUCUCGCCAACAAGGGGCCGGGCGGGGCGUGAGGUGCUGCUGCCCUGCUGGAGACGUUUCUGCCGCUGCCGCCUCCGCCACCGCCGCCGUAGCCGGUCCAGAAGCCCCCUCGGCGGGCCUUGGUGAUUGGGAAUGCCCCUGUGGAAGGACCGUGAUCAGUGUGUGUUGGGGCAGAGUCAGUGGGAGUCGCUACCUGGGGCCUGGCAGGCGCGUGGAGGAGGGCGAGGAGGGCUGGACCCACUGGCAUGCCUGCUUCAGGAGCCUCCAUUCGCGCGCUGACUCCCACACUUCACCCCCCUCUGUCUCCCCCCCCAGCCCGGACCACACCACAUAGCGUUCUUUCCUACGUUCCUUCCUCACUUGGUUCAUUAAAUGUGUCUUCGUUAACCGGUGACUCGCUUGUGUAUAAACUGUUCGUCUGAGUCUGCCUGCGUUGGCCCCAGACGCCUGGAAAAAAUAGAAAAAAUAAGAGAGGUUGUUGCCUUUCGCUUUCACAUCUCGAGUAAAAAAGAAACGCAGAAAAUUUACAAAAAAGUGAAGAAGAAAAGGAAGAGUGAAAGAAAAUCGGUGUAGUCUUAUAUCUCCGACAGCAGUCUUUCUUUUUUGUUGUUGUUGUUGUUGUGUUUUUCUUCAAACUCUUUUUGUUUUGUGUGUCUGUGUUCCCUACCCCCCCCCCCACGCUUACGAUCGUGCUAUAGGGAGUGAGGCAAGGGCAAGGCGUGACAGGUGCACCAACACCCAAGGGUAUUAGUGUGCGGAUGUCUGGAGUCAGCUGCUGUACACUCCGCCACACUGCUGCCGCCGCCACCACCACUACUGCUGCUUCCGCUGUCCCUUCCCUUACUACUCUUCGUUUUCCCUCUACUAAUAUUGCUGCUGCUGCUACUACUACUGCUGCUGCUGCUACUGUUGCUGCUACUACCACUACUGCUACUACUACAACUACUACCACUACUACUGCUGCUGCAACUACUGCCGGUACGGGUGCUGACUGUGCUGAGGAGUCCCUGUCCUCUGUCCAGGCCACUACCCACUCCGAGGCUGCACAAGAAGACAUGAGGUGAUGGCGCGGGUAGUGGCGGUGGUGGUGUCGGUGGUGGUGGUGGUGGUGGUGGCGGGUUUGCUGUCUCCUGUCCGGGGCUCGAACCCUUCCGAGGCCCCAGAUGCAAACCAGUUCAACAUAGGCGGCAUCCUUUCCAACAACAAAUCACACGACCACUUCAAGCAGACCAUAUCGCAGCAGAUCAACGACAACAGGACCUACGUGGACGCGAACACGACUCUCCAUGAAGUGACAAUGCUCAUGGACUCCAACCCUAUCCGUACCGCCCUCGAGGUUUGCAAGCAGCUCGUCUCCAGAUCGGUGUAUGCGGUGAUAGUGUCCCACCCUCUGAAUGGCGACCUCUCCCCGGCGGCUGUCUCCUACACCAGCGGCUUCUACCAUAUCCCCGUCAUCGGCAUCUCCUCAAGGGACUCUGCUUUCUCUGACAAGAAUAUCCACGUCUCCUUCCUCCGCACCGUGCCGCCGUACAGCCACCAGGCCGACGUGUGGGUGGAGCUGCUCAAGACCUUCCAGUACCAACAGGUGGUCUUCGUGCACUCCUCAGACACGGACGGACGUGCGCUCCUCACUCGCUUCCAAAACCAAGCUCAAAGUCACGAAGACGACAAGGAUAUUAAGUUAGAAAACGUGAUAGAGUUCGAGCCCGGACUCAACUCCUUCGUGGACAAACUCAAGGAAAUGAGGGAGGCGUCAGCAAGAGUCAUCCUCCUCUACGCCAAUAAAGAGGACGCUGGCACCAUCUUUCACGACGCCAGCUACAUGAAUAUGACGGGGAUGGGCUACGUGUGGGUGGUGACGGAGCAAGCCCUUAGCGCCAGCCACGUUCCCCCUGGUGCCAUUGGUCUCAAACUAGUCAACGCUUCCGACGAGGACGCCCACAUUACCGACAGCCUGUACGUGCUGGCGAUGGCCCUGAAGAAGCUGCGGGAGGAAAAGAACUCGACGCAGCCUCCGCCCAAGGACUGUAAUGACACGAGGGGCUCCUGGGAAACUGGCAAGAAACUCUUCCAGUACAUCUUGGAACAGGUGCUCAAGAACGGCCUCACGGGUAAGGUCGCCUUCGAUGAGAACGGCGACCGAAUCAACGCCGAGUAUGACGUCAUCAACAUCCAGGAGGUGAAUAGGACGGGCCUCCUGAUGAAGGAACACAUACGGGUCGGCCAAUACAAAUAUAACAAGCCGCCUCGCAGUGCAGGGAAAGAGGAGGGUGGGAAGACCAUUGGCUCCACCACCCCGCAGUCGCAGACCAAGGAGUCCAUGACGCUGGUGAUCAACGAGAACGCCAUCGUGUGGUGCGGCAACACCACCAUCAAGCCUCAGGGCUACAUGAUCCCCACCAGACUGAAGGUGCUGACCAUCGAGGAGAAGCCCUUCGUAACCACACAGAAGAUUGAGAGCAAGGCCGAGUGUCUGGGAGGCGGACGAGUGUUGUGCCCGUGGUUCAACUCGACCAGUGAAGGCACAGACCUGUACUGCUGCACGGGCUACUGCAUCGACUUGCUCAUCACACUGGCCAACAAGAUCAACUUUACCUUCGAGCUCGCUCUCUCCCCAGACGGCGAAUUUGGUUCUCUCCAGAUGAAAGAGAGCAAGAAGGAAUGGACGGGCUUGAUCGGACAGCUGGUGAAUCAGACCCACGGUGCGGACAUGAUAGUGGCGCCGCUCACCAUCAAUCCUGAACGUGCCCAGGUCAUCGAGUUCUCCAAGCCUUUCAAGUACCAAGGCAUCACCAUUCUGGAAAGGAAGCAACCUCGCUAUUCCACACUGGUGUCCUUCCUGCAGCCCUUUCGCAACACCCUAUGGAUCCUGGUGAUGGUGUCCGUGCACGUGGUGGCUCUGGUGCUCUACCUCCUCGACAGGUUUAGUCCCUUCGGCAGGUACAAGCUGGCCAACACUGACGGCACGGAGGAAGACGCCCUCAACCUGUCCUCAGCAAUAUGGUUUGCCUGGGGAGUUUUGCUCAACAGUGGGAUUGGUGAAGGCACGCCGCGGAGCUUCAGCGCGAGGGUGCUGGGCAUGGUGUGGGCCGGCUUCGCCAUGAUCAUCGUCGCCUCUUACACUGCCAACCUGGCGGCCUUCCUCGUGCUGGACCGACCACAGACCUCCCUCACCGGUAUCAACGACGCCAGGUUACGAAACCCGAUGGAGAACUUUACCUACGCGACGGUGAAAGGCUCCUCGGUGGACAUGUACUUCAGGCGGCAGGUGGAGCUGAGUAACAUGUACCGCACGAUGGAAGGCAACAAUUACCCCACCGCUGAGGCCGCUAUCACUGCCGUCAAGUCCGGGAGGCUAAAGGCGUUCAUCUGGGACAGCUCGCGUCUAGAGUACGAGGCGGCGCAGGACUGUGAGCUGGUGACUGCCGGCGAGCUCUUCGGGAGGUCUGGCUACGGCAUCGGCCUCAAGAAAAACUCCCCAUGGGCAGACCGGGUGACGCUUGCCAUUCUAGAGUUCCACGAGAGCGGCUACAUGGAGGAGCUGGAUAACAGGUGGAUCCUGCAGAACCAGGAGGACACUUGUAACACAGACGAGAAGGCGCCCGCCACCCUCGGCCUCAAGAAUAUGGCUGGCGUGUUCAUCCUGGUGGCGGCCGGCAUCGUUGGCGGUAUCGGACUCAUCAUUAUCGAAAUCAUAUACAAGAAGCAUCAGAUCAAGAAGCAGAAGCGCCUAGAGAUCGCCCGCCACGCCGCCGACAAGUGGAGGGUAGCCAUUGAGAAGAGAAAGACGCUGCGUGCCUCCAUGAUGAUGCAGAGGAGACUGAAGGCCAAUGGCGUCAAUGAGCCCUCAGUGAUAUGCGUCAACGUGGAGAGCGGAACUGGGUCCGGGGCAGGUGCAGGAGCUGGGGACGGGGCUGGGGCUGGGGCUGGGACAACGUCGGGGACAGCAUCAGGAGCAGCGGCGGGGGCACCGGCGGGGGCAGGUGCCAUAGCGGUCAGCUCUGAUAGCGGAGCAGCUGUUAGUGGACCGGCAAGCAUUGGAAUUAUUGACUUGCCAAGGAUGCUGCCGCCGCCGCCGCCCGCACCCUCAGCCCCUCCCUUGCCUCCCGGCUUACCGCCAGACGUACCCCCGGCACCUCCCGCCCCUCGCUGGGGCAACGACAUACGGCAACGGCACAUUUCCUCAGCUCAGGACGAGGCUUUGCCCCCACCCCCGCCGCCUCCCAAGGGCGUGGACACGAUGCGGCUGCACGCUUCCUACAAGAACCUGUUCGGCCCCGACCCGCCUGACCUGGUGGCGUGAGCGUCUGCUGCGGCCUCUGUAUCAGAGGCGGCCAGGCUCACAGGGGCGGGGGAUCCUGGCGGGGAGGACCACUCACUCCCCUCUACAUUACGUCCACUCGGCGGCGCCCCGGGCCAUGCCUCCCUCGGGCCCCGGCGCCGGGAGCCACCAAAGGCCCCGGCCAGGCCAGGGGGCACUAACUACGCUUCUCACUCGUCAACAACAUUGUAUAAAUCAUAAACAUUUAUAGCAUGUUAUAAGUGGGUCCCGGAACCUGGACCAGCCCGACUUUGUUUAUUUUGGUAAAACACAUUCAUCCCUUAUGCUCCUCCUGGCUAAUAACCGAACGGUAAAUUUAUGAUUACAACAAUUACUAGGCGGGUGGUAAGGUACUAUGUGGUUGUAUGUGUGUAGAUAUGAUGUAUGUAUGUAAGUGUGUAUGGCGUACGUAUGUAUGCAUAUGUGAUGUAUGUACGUAUGGAAGGACGGAUGGACGAGUGACGUGUGUAAGUAUGCAUGUAUGUAUAGUCAGGAGCCGACAAGUGUCAACCAGCCCCACCCUCACCAGGAGUUUUAUAUAUAUAUACAUAUAUAUAUAUACCUAGCUAGGGAGUAUUAGUGUGGAGCCCCAAUCCCUGUGGUGGGGCGGGGGAGGACCCGCCUUCACGCCCGGCACGAGGCGGGCGGCGCACAGGAGUGCCUCGAGAAGCCAGGGUCGCGGCGGGCACAGUCACCCUCCUUCACACCCGCCCGUCAAGAAGGUUUAGGAAUGCGUCACCUCAUGUGUUAACGGCCGCGUGCUGAACCCAAGCAUCCUUCAAUCCUCUACUCCCACGGUGCGACCACCAGCGGCCAGGCCCCGCGGCGGCUCCUCUCGCAGACUGACUGCGUCGCGGGAGGCUGAGCGGCGCCAGCCUCUACACGACGCAGCCACAUUGCUGAAAAAAAAAAAAUCAUAAAUAAGUAAAUAAUUAUGAUACUAAAAAAAAAAAAAAAAAGUUGGGUUCUCUCGUCAGCCCGGGCCAGGAAGUGGAUGCGUAGACACAUUCUUCAUGUUAGACGGUGACGAAGAUGGGUGAUAAUGCUCAGUUUGCCCCAAUCAUCCCCCAAAGACAGCACACAGGGUGACUGCGGCUUCCCCCUCCCACCACUGUUUUCUGUUAGCCUCGUAAGGCUUGCUAAUAUCCGGAAUCUACAUUGUUGAUGAUACGCUUAUUAUCGUUGUGUGUUGUGACGACGACCACUCGGCGGCCCCGCACAGACCACUCUCAGGCCGCCAGGCUGGUGCUGCACGCCGAGGACUUGUGGUGUGCUGGUCUGUUCCCGCUGCUGUUUAUAUGUAUACACUUGUUUGUAAAAUCGGAGGCUGACGAAAUAUGAAAUUUAAACAAAAAGACAUUUUCCAAGAACUUUUAAGAAAAAAAAUAUUGCAGAAGCUUAUAAACUUAGCUGAUAAUGUUUAGAAAAGUUAGUAAAAAAUAAAUUGUUACAUAACGAU